AUGCUGGGCACAAAAUGGUUUCAACAUGUGAUUGAGACCCCAGAGCCUGGCAAGUGGGAAUUGUCUGGGUAUGAGGAAGCCCUGCCAACCACAGAGAAGUCAAACCCACUGACCCGGGACCUGGACAAAGCAGAUGCCGAGCAAAUUGUUUGACUGCUGGGACAAUGUGAUGCUGAGAUCUUCCAGGAGGAGGGGCAAGUCAUGCCCACGUACCAGCGACUGUAUAGUGAAUCGAUUCUGACCACCAUGGUACAAGUGGCUGGCAAAGUUCAGGAAGUGCUGAAGGAGCCUGAGGGGGCGCUGGUGGUGCUGAGCGGAGGGGUUACCUCUGGCAGGAUGGCAUUUCUCAUGUUGGUCUCCUUCAACCAGCUGAUGAAAGGUCUAGGACAGAAACCCCUUUACACCUACCUCAUUGCAGGGGGUGACAGGUCUGUGGUGGCAUCUAGGGAGGGGACAGAAGAUAGUGCCCUGCAUGGGAUUGAGGAACUGAAGAAGGUGGCUGCUGGGAAGAAGAGGGUGAUCGUCAUUGGCAUUUCGGUGGGACUCUCUGCUCCCUUUGUGGCAGGCCAGAUGGAUUACUGCAUGGACAACCCAGCCAUCUUUUUGCCAGUACUGGUUGGUUUCAACCCUGUGAACAUGGCCAGAAAUGACCCCAUUGAAGACUGGAGCUCCACAUUCCGACAAAUAGCAGAGCGGAUGCAGAAACUGCAAGAGAAACAAGAAGCUUUUGUGCUCAAUCCUGCAAUUGGGCCCAAGGGCCUCAGUGGCUCAUCCUGGAUGAAAGGUGGAAGUGCAACCAAGAUCCUGCUGGAAACCCUGCUACUGGAGGGUUGUAGGGUCUCCCUGCUCUCAGCACAUUCUCUCCUGUACCGGGGCAUCGCAGCAUCUCAGAGGUGCCUUCUGGAAAUCCUGCGGACAUUUGAGCGGGCUCAUCAGGUGACCUAUAGUCAAAGCCCUAAGAUCACUGCCCUGAUGAAGCAAGCCAGCACCAGCCUGGAGAAAAAAGGCCCAGUGUACCUGGUUGGGUGGCAGACCCUCGGCAUCAUUGCCAUCAUGGACGGAGUGGAGUGCAUCCACACCUUUGGUGCUGACUUCUGAGAUGUCCGUGGCUUUUUCAUUGGUGAUCACAGUGAUAAGUUUAACCAGAAGGCUGAGCUCAUCAACCAGGGUCCCCAGUUCUCCUUCUCCCAGAAGGACUUCCUGACUUCCAUCUUGCCAUCCCUCAUGGAAAUUGACACUGUGGUCUUCAUUUUUACCCUGGAUGACAACCUCAUGGAGGUGCAGACGCUGGUGGAGCAGGUGAAAGAGAAGACUGCCAACAUCCAGGCCCUGGCACAUAGCACCGUGGGCCAGGCCCUGCCGGUCCCCUCGAAGAAGUUCGUCCCCUCCAUCAUCAACAUCAUGUGGCCACUGCUUUUCUUCGAAUAUGAAGGGAACUUCAUCCAG